AUGGACUACAUCGACGGCACCACGGUGCCGGUGUGCCUGACCAAGGCGAACACGUUCUGGCCGAUAGCGUUCUUCGUGAUCAUCAUCGGCGUGUUCUUCGUGGUGCCGCUGUUCGUGCUGGUCGUCCUGUACACCGUAAUCGCCGUGCACCUGAUGGCCGACCCCGGCACCAGUUGCACGGACAGCGCGUGCAACCAGCGCGCGCGCCGGCAGGUGGUGCUCAUGCUGGCCACCGUCGUCCUGUCGUUCUUCGUGUGCCUGCUGCCGUUCCGCGUGUUCACCAUGUGGAUCAUUCUGGUGCCCGAGCACACUUUCCUAGACCUCGGCCAGAAGCACUACUACAUCAUACUGUACGCGUCCCGGGUCAUGGUGUACCUGAACUCGGCCGUCAACCCGAUCCUGUACAACCUGAUGUCGUCCAAAUUCCGGCGCGGCUUCUGCAAACUAUGCCGGUCCCGGUGCGGCGCCGACGACUGCGCCGGUUGCAACGAUAUUCCCAUCGGCUGCGGCGGCACUCAUGGACGUAGGCGCCGCCGCGGACGCCGUCGCGGCGACGUGUUUCGCCUCCGGCCAACCGGCACGCUCACCACCACGUUGUCGCAGUCGUGCAGUGGCCCACCGACCAACGGUACUAUGACGGCUGACGGCUGCACCACCGCCGCUGGCACCAUUACCAACGGUUCGGCGCACCACAAUAACGACACCACCGCUGCAGCGGUCGUCGCCUCCUCGGUGGUCACGACGCUGCUCGGACGUCACCGCGUCAAAACGUGUCUACCGUACAAUGGCGAUAGCUACGACUACGACUAUGACGACAACUUUCUCAAGGAGAGUUUCGUAUGA